UUUUAGGUGUGUCAUCCCGCACUGAGACCGUUGGGUAAUUGUCUGACAUACGUCAUUGUCAGGCGGGACUCUUGCAACAAGGGUUUCGCCUUCAGGAUUUUUGUUUAACCCGAGGAGAGAUGUUAUGUGACUGCAUUGAACCCUCACUGUGGUUCGGAUUUCCUUUCGAUGGGACACCAGCCGUAGACUUCACAGAGGUUUUAGUUUACAGCUUCGCCGCGUUACUGCUCACCAUAUGAGACGCUGACGAUGGAUGCCGACAGGUGGAUUGUCCUUUUAGCCCUGUGCUUUAUUUGCGUGUCUUCAAAUGAGACGGACUUUGAGAACUCUUGUGAUUCAGAUGUCUAUGAGACACUCAGCGCUCCGCUUGGCUCCUCUGUGCUCCUCCCAUGCAUCUUUGAAACAAGUGGCCUCGGCCGGGUGUCGUGGGCCCACACCGCCGGGCUGGACCUGGUCCACCUCACAUCCGAGGGUCGCAUUAAGUUCCUGGACCACAGGUACGGUCGGGUGAAAGUGUUCCCCAACCGGGGCUCAGAGGGGGACUACUCCAUCCGCAUCGAUGAGCUUCAAAACUCUGACCUGGGGCGUUAUUGCUGUAAGCAGGGACACGACUGUCUCCAAGUGGAGUUGGUUGCUGUCGGAGGUGCUCUGAGCCGAGAGGGGAUGCUAUGGAUUUAUAUUUGUGUUGGCGUGGCUGUUUUCACCCUGCUGAGCAUCGGGGGCUACUGCUUCAUGAAGUGCAUAUUGUGCUGUUACAACACACCAAUAUACAAUACAAGCAAUCCUGAAGGUGCAGGCACUGAGGCAGCAGACGCCAGGGCUGCACCUGAGGAAGCAGGCAGAGUGCCAGUAGAGCAAGAGCAGAGCGGAGGGGGCGACGGUCCUCUUGUUUAUGAAAAUGAUGACCAAGACCCAUCCGGCCGGCAGAGUGACCUCAGCAGAAAUUAUCGCAAUCCAAUAGAAGACCAGCCCGAUCCAGAGAGGACUCAACCCACUGCAAGCACGAUUUAUCCAAACUUGAACCAAUUUGAGAGGGUGGACACUCAGAGAACAAAACAGGGAUUUCAUAGAGAACUCUUCAGCAGAUUACGGCAAGCAAGACUGAGUCAGCAUUAUUACGUUAACCAAGGGGAAACCAGUAGGCAACAAGCCUCGUCAACUCCUCCAGAGAAUCCCCACGGAGCAGCACGUUUUGGGAAGAAGAAGAAGAAAGCCAAGAAAAAUGGCAUACUCCAAAACCCCAUUUACAACCGGAGCACGGACCAGCUCAACCACCUGUAGACAACAAGCAGUUAACUGUGGAGAUUUUAUUAAUUUUUUUCAGUAUCAACGUCCAAUUAUAUGCAUUGAUUAUAAAUGCAACAUAUUAAACUUGAUGCAUGUCUUAAUGUUAUUUGUUUGCUGCAUAAGUAUACUGUAUUUCCUGUACACGAAGCAGUCUGUUGUGUCAAAUCUGUAAGAUGUUUGGCUAUUUUAUGCAUGUGGGAAGCAAUACUUUUUGACCACAUAAAUUGCUUGUAUGCC